UCAUCAUCACUUUGAAAUCCCAAAAACACCAAGCAAAAAAACAAAGAGAGACGAAAAAAAGAGAGAGAAAAAAUGGCUAGGGGAUCGUGGUUCUUCAUUAUCCUUUCGAUCAUGUCAUUGUUGGCAAAUAUAAUCAAUUCUCUAAAACUAGAUCGGCAUAGUUUUCCUGAUGAUUUCAUCUUUGGAACAGCUGCUUCGGCGUUUCAGUACGAAGGUGCAACAAAUGAAGGUGGCAAGUCUCCAACUAUAUGGGAUCACUUCAGCCGCACGUAUCCAGAAAGGACCAAAAUGCAUAAUGCUGAUGUAGCAAUUGAUUUUUAUCAUCGUUACAAGGAUGAUAUUAAAUUGAUGAAGGAACUAAACAUGGACGCUUUCCGAUUCUCAAUCUCGUGGUCCCGAUUAAUUCCCAGUGGAAAGCUAAAGGAUGGAGUAAACAAAGAAGGUGUAAAAUUUUACAAGGAUCUCAUAGACGAACUUCUUGCUAAUGACAUACAACCUUCGAUGACGCUCUAUCAUUGGGACCACCCACAAUCUUUGGAGGACGAAUAUGGUGGCUUUCUAAGCCCUAAAAUCGUAGAAGAUUUUCGAGACUUUGCAAGAAUUUGUUUUGAAGAGUUUGGAGAUAAAGUUAAGAUGUGGACAACUAUCAACGAACCUUACAUUAUGACUGUUGCGGGUUAUGAUCAAGGUAACAAGGCGGCUGGAAGAUGCUCGAAAUGGGUAAACGAAAAGUGUCAGGCUGGCGAUUCGAGUACUGAACCUUACAUUGUUUCACAUCACACUCUUCUUGCCCAUGCCGCAGCAGUAGAAGAAUUCCGAAAAUGUAAAAAAACUUCACAUGAUGGCCAAAUCGGGAUAGUACUGUCACCAAGAUGGUUCGAACCUUAUCAUUCAGACUCAAUUGACGAUAUAGAAGCAGCUGAACGAGCCCUUGCCUUUGAAAUUGGAUGGCAUCUUGAUCCGGUCAUUCACGGAGAUUAUCCAGAGGUUGUAAAAAAGUAUGCGGGAAAUAAAUUACCUUCAUUUACUGCAGAAGAGUCAAAGAUGUUAAGAAAUUCAUCAGAUUUUGUUGGCAUAAAUUACUAUACGGCGCGCUUCGCUGCUCAUCUACAUCACAUAGACCCUGAAAAACCUCGGUUCAAGACUGACCACCAUGUGGAAUGGAAACUGACUAAUCACAGUGGUCACAUUAUCGGACCUGGGGAAGAAAGGGGCUUCUUAUUUUCACACCCGGAAGGCUUACGAAAAGUUCUAAACUAUAUCAAAGAGAAAUACAAUAACAUGCCAGUCUACAUCAAAGAAAAUGGUAAGACACCUUUUUUGUUAACUAGAAACUAGGGCAGUUACCCGCGCCUUGCGCGGCCUAAACAUUAAGGAAGUUUAUAGACUUUGUUAAUAAUUAUAUUAUACCAAGUAUAAAUUUGGCAUAUAGUU